CCUGCAGCCGAUCCGUCUCCUUCUCCUUGAGCUUUCGCAUCUCUCUCCGCCCUUUCCCUCUCUCGCCAUGGACGGAAAAUGGUAAGAAUUUUCUCUGCCAGGGUUUCUAUAUCAAGGGUUUCGGUCGAGUUUUGUAGGCUUUGGAGCGAUGCUUGGAAGAAAUUAGGGCGAGGGCAAGGUUUGCUCUUCUUCGAUCUCGUCUCUUCGAGCUUGGAGAUGGCGACGACGAGGCCUCCGACCUGGGCCGGUGACGCCGCGGUCGACUCAGCCCCGCUUCUCGGCCCCCACGGCGCCGGCCGCGGCCUCCCCGGCCGGGCGAGCCUCCGCGGCGCGGCCAGGUUCCUCCGGCGGGCGAGCAGCCGGCGGCUGAUGCGGGAGCCGUCGGUGGUGGUACGGGAGACGGCGGUGGAGCAGCUGGAGGAGCGGCAGAGCGACUGGGCCUACUCUAGGCCUGUGGUGUUCCUCGACAUCCUGUGGAACCUCGCGUUCGUGAGCGUCGCCGCUGGGGUGUUGGUUCGAAGCCGGGACGAGAGACCGUCGAUGCCUCUGAGACUAUGGAUUGUGGGGUACGCGCUCCAGUGCGCGCUUCAUGUGAUCUGUGUGUGUAUCGAGUACCGGCGGAGGCACCGGCCUCGGGGGGAAGUGAUGGAUGUGCAAGAGGGCGGGAGUCUGAGCGCAAGGAGCUCGGGGUCGAUUUCGCCACGAGAGGUGGAAGAAUCUGCUGAUGCUGAGCAGGGUCACGGUGAAGCGAGGACAAGAAUUGCAAAACAUCUGGAGUCUGCAAACACAAUGUUUUCCUUUGUAUGGUGGAUUAUUGGAUUCUAUUGGAUAACUGCUGGAGGCCAACUUCUGAUCCGUGAUGCACCCCAACUUUACUGGCUUUGUAUAGUUUUUCUAGCAUUUGAUGUGUUCUUUGUCAUCUUCUGUGUUGGUCUGGCCUGUGUUGUUGGUGUUGCUGUCUGUUGCUGUCUGCCUUGCAUCAUUGCAGUCUUAUAUGCUGUGGCAGAUCAGCAGGAAGGAGCAUCUGAAGAGGACAUCCGCCAGCUUCCAAAAUACACAUUCCGUAAAAUCAGUGACUCUGAGAAAGUUGCGUGUGAGAUAUCAGGUUCCUUUGGUGGAAUAAUGACAGAGUGUGGUAGCGAUCCACCCAUCGAGCAUGUCCUUUCGGGGGAGGAUGCUGAAUGUUGCAUCUGCCUCUCAGAAUAUGAUGAUGGAGUCGAGCUGCGUCAACUUCCUUGUCGCCACCAUUUCCACUCUGCCUGCAUAGAUAAGUGGCUUUCCAUCAAUGCCACAUGUCCACUCUGCAAAUUCAAUAUUAUAAAGAGAGAAAACCAUGGGAGGGAGGAGGUAUAGAUAGAUGGUCGUUUAACAAGGUUCCAGGAUCUUCAGGUUGACUUGUUCUAUGUGCUCCUAUGAUAUCACUGGUAUCAGCGUAAUUGGGUUGUGAAGAUGUGGGUAUAGGUGCAUGUAUUGACAUAGUGAAGCGACACUUCAGUUUUCGAGUCCAUAGCCAGAUGUUUGUGAGUAAUGUUUUCUGACAUUGGUAAUAUACAGAAUGUAUUGGCGAACUUGCAGCACCAUAAUGAUUCGGCUUCUUCAAGAUGAUUGGGCUCUCUGUCGUAGAAGAAAGUUUGACAAAUUUUACAUGGUAAAAACACGUCUGUAGGAUUUCAAAUGUGUGAUUCUGAGCAAAUACAGGUCAUGCACCAUUUCAGUAAGCAGAUCCUGCUCUGGUAAUGUUUAGGAGCUCUUCUUCUCUUGGAAGAUUAAUUGAUGGAAACUGAGAUAAAAUCUGGGCAUGACAAAUCCUGUGCACCUGUCAAUUGAGAAGAAGAUGAUAGAUUGAGGCGUUGUAAAUAUAAUGGGCUCCAAGAUGAGAACAAAGCCUUGGAAAGCUGUAUUAGAAUUAUGAAACAAAUUACUAACGCUGCUAGCCGACGACAGGGUCAAUGUAGCAUUUGCAACCUGACAAUUAGCUACUCGUCCGGAUGUCACUGUUUAUGCUUGAAGGGGACAAAUACAAAGCCUUGGAAAGCUUGUAAUAUUCAAAUGAACUAGAGCAGCCUAUGUGAUAUUGAAGUCUGAUCAACGAGGAAGCUCAGAUGAGUUUCACAUUUCUGAGGUGAGUAGUGUUGCUUUAGCAUUAAAACAGCAAAGAAACUCUGUCAAAGAUUAAAGUCUGUAUUUAUCAAUUCUUUUUUUUUAAUUUUUUGUUCAA